AUGAGCCUGUGGAUGAACGACUCCUCCUUGGAUUCCUUGGUCGGCUCGCAGGCGACUCCGCCGGACUCCAACGCCACGGCGAACCGCAGCAAGCACGCCCCCCCGGACCUGAUCCGAGCAGUGCCGGUGGGCAUGGUGUUGGCCUCGUUCAUCGCUUUCGCCAUCGUGGGCAACCUGCUGGUCAUUUUGUCGGUGGUAUGCAACCGCCACCUGCGGACCCCCACCAACUACUUCAUCAUCAACCUGGCCAUAGCUGACCUGCUGCUCAGCACCACUGUGCUGCCCGUGUCCGCCACGCUUGAGAUUCUUCACUACUGGGUCUUUGGCCGCAUUUUCUGUGACAUUUGGGCGGCAGUGGACGUGUUGUGCUGCACCGCCUCCAUCAUGUCACUGUGCGUCAUAUCCAUCGACCGCUACAUUGGCGUUCGCUACCCGCUGCAGUAUCCGGUUAUUGUGACGGAAAAACGUGCGCUGCUUGCCAUGCUGGGCGUCUGGAUCCUGGCCAUCGUCAUUUCCAUUGGUCCAUUGCUCGGCUGGAAGCAACCGCCAUCGCAGGACGACACGGAGUGCGUGAUCACAGAGGAGCCGUUCUACGCGCUGUUCUCCUCCUUGGGCUCCUUCUAUAUCCCGUUAGCCGUCAUCCUCGCCAUGUACUGCCGCGUCUAUGUGGUGGCAAAGCGCACUACCAAAAACCUGGAGGCAGGCGUGAUGAAGGAGCGGCAGCAAGACUCAAACGAGCUAACCCUAAGGAUCCACUGCCGGAACCAGCAGAUCCAGGACCUGUGCGCCACUUCCAAGGCAGGAGGCGCUGGCACGGCUGGACGCAGCACGCUGACCGUAAAGCUACUCAAGUUCUCCAGGGAGAAGAAAGCAGCCAAGACGCUCGGCGUUGUAGUGGGCAUGUUCAUCCUUUGCUGGUUGCCCUUCUUCUUGGCUCUUCCCAUCAGCUCUUUUAACAAAAACCUGCGUCCUCCCGAAACUUUCUUCAGUGUCAUUUUCUGGCUUGGCUACUUCAACAGCUGCCUGAAUCCCAUCAUCUACCCAUGCUACAGCCGCGAAUUUAAGCAGGCCUUCAGUCGGAUUUUGCGCUGCCGUUGGAAGCGGAAACGCCAGGGAUGGCAAGCAUACUACAACUACCGAUGCCAGCAGGGUUCCAACAACUCAUCCUACCUGAAUGGCAGCCAGCAGACGCUGUCCUCCAUCAGCCACAGCCCUCGAAGCAUCGCCCCGAAACUGCACCCGCCACUUCGGUCAUCCUCCUCAGACAACGCUGGCUGUAACCUCCUCCCGGGAUCAGACAUCGGAGGACGGCGCCUCACCCCGUCAUCCCCUCUCGCCGCGGAAGCUGGCGGGCGAGAAAAGGGGGUCAAAAAGUAG